CUGUAAAAUCAGGAGCAAAUUCUGCAGUUAAUCAAGCUCGACUAAUGGUAGAUGAUUCCAGAAAAAUACGUAUAAUUCGAUCCUUGCACGCAAAGCCUUCUUCCAACCCCACAAUUCCAAUUCAAAGUGUGAUCAUAGACGAAUUAAUCAUAAUUUCCAACACUGCUCCAUCAAAAAAGAUUGGUUUUUUAUGCAAUAAGCUACGAAUCGUUGGUAGUUGGAGCUACUGUUUCUCGAAAUUACCCAAAACAAUAUGGUGGUUGUUUCUCUAGCUUCAUCAGCGCCGAUAUUCCACUGCACUGGUAGUAGCUCGCCGCGAAUUCCCUUAUGCUCUGUACGUGUUUGUGGAAAUGCCUCACAAAAAAGGAGAAAAAUAUCCAGCAAUCCGCUGCGCGUAGCUGCGCCGUCGUCCGCUUCUACCGCCGCCGCUUCUGACGAGGAUCGAGAAAACGUAGAGGCGUCGAUCGAGAUCGAAGAUUUGGAAGAGGAUUCGUCUUCGAAGUUUUCCUGGAGAGAUCAUUGGUACCCUGUCUCACUCGUGGAAGAUCUCGACCCUCGUUAUCCGACGCCGUUUCAGCUGCUGAACCGUGACCUAGUUCUCUGGUUCGACAACUCUGCCUCGCAAUGGGUUGCUUUCGAUGACAAAUGCCCCCACAGGCUCGCUCCUUUAUCUGAAGGGAGGAUAGAUGAGAACGGGCAUUUGCAGUGCUCAUAUCACGGGUGGUCCUUUGAUGGAUGCGGCUCGUGCAGCCGGAUCCCUCAGGCGGCCUCGCAAGGGCCGGAGGCGCGUGCUGUUAAGUCUCCGAGGGCGUGUGCAACGAGGUUUCCGACCAUGGUUUCUCAAGGCCUUCUCUUUGUUUGGCCUGAUGAGAAAGGAUGGGAAAGAGCUCAAGCCACCAUUCCUCCAAAGUUGCCUGAUGAUUUCGACAAGCCUGAGUUUGCAUCGGUGACAAUUCAGCGCGAUCUGUACUAUGGCUACGAUACUCUCAUGGAGAAUGUCUCUGAUCCUUCCCACAUUGACUUUGCACACCACAAGGUUACUGGUAGACGAGACAGAGCGAAGCCCUUACCAUUCAAGAUGGAGUCAAGUGGACCUUGGGGUUUUACUGGUGCAAAUGAUGGCAAUCCAAAGAUCAGUUCUAAGUUUAUUGCCCCAUGCUAUUUUAUCAAUAAGGUUGAGAUCGACACAAAGCUUCCAAUCGUUGGUGACCAGAAAUGGGUGAUAUGGAUCUGCUCCUUCAACGUACCAAUGGCACCCGGGAAGACCCGCUCGAUUGUUUGCAGUGCUCGGAACUUCUUCCAGCUAACCAUGCCCGGCCCUGCAUGGUGGCAGGUGGUUCCUCGAUGGCACGAGCACUGGACUUCGAACAAGGUCUACGACGGUGACAUGAUCGUGCUUCAAGGCCAAGAAAAGGUCUUUCUUUCACAAUCAAACAACAGCGAUGUCAACAAGCAAUACACAAAGCUCACCUUCACCCCAACACAAGCCGACCGUUUCGUCCUUGCCUUCCGGAACUGGCUCUCCCGCCACGGCAACAGCCAGCCCCAGUGGUUUGGCUCCACCGCCUCCAACCAGCCACUCCCAUCAACCGUACUAUCCAAACGCCAGAUGAUGGACAGAUACGAGCAGCACACACUCAAAUGCUCAUCGUGUAAGAACGCACACAUCGCGUUCGAGAAAUUGCAAAAGCUUUUAAUCGGAGCAGCAAUCGCCUCCGCCGCUACAGCCGGAAUCCCUUCCAACGUCCAGCUGCGAAUCAUCAUCGGAGCAAUAGCCAUCAUAGCCGCUGCAUCAGCUUAUGCUAUACACGAAUUAAGUAAGAAUUUCGUUUUUGUUGAUUACGUUCACGCUGACAUUGAUUAAUUUACCCCAUUGUAUAAAAUUUAAUUUCACAAUCAAGAUCGAAUUUUUUUUC